AUGAAGAAAAGCAAACAAAACAGAGGCGUGCAGGAUCCUCAGCAUGAGAAGAUAAUUACUGUGACUACUAAUGGAAGUAUUCACAGCCCCAAGUUUCCACACACGUACCCACGCAAUACUGUACUAGUGUGGAGAUUAGUAGCAGUAGAUGAAAAUGUAUGGAUACAGCUUACUUUUGAUGAAAGAUUUGGGCUUGAGGACCCAGAAGAUGACAUUUGCAAGUAUGACUUUGUAGAAGUGGAAGAGCCUAGUGAUGGCACUGUUUUAGGGCGCUGGUGUGGUUCCAGUAGUGUGCCCAGCAGACAAAUCUCCAAAGGAAACCAAAUCAGAAUAAGAUUUGUGUCUGAUGAAUAUUUUCCUUCUGAACCUGGAUUCUGCAUCCAUUAUACACUUCUUAUGCCACACCACACAGAAGCACCCAGCCCAUCAUUGCUACCCCCAUCAGCUUUACCGUUAGAUGUAUUAAACAAUGCCGUUGCUGGAUUUAGUACUGUGGAAGAACUUAUCCGGUACCUUGAACCAGAUCGGUGGCAACUGGAUUUGGAAGAUUUGUACAGGCCAACUUGGCAACUUCUUGGAAAGGCAUAUAUUCAUGGGAGAAAAUCAAGAGUGGUCGAUCUCAACCUCCUAAAGGAGGAGGUGCGGCUGUACAGUUGUACUCCUCGCAACUUCUCAGUGUCACUGAGGGAGGAGCUGAAGCGAACUGACACCAUCUUCUGGCCAUUGUGCCUCCUGGUGAAACGUUGUGGUGGAAACUGUGCCUGUUGUCACCAGAGCUGCAAUGAGUGCCAGUGUGUACCAACAAAAGUCACCAAAAAAUACCACGAGGUUCUUCAGCUGAAGCCAAGGAUUGGUGUCCGAGGAUUGCAUAAAUCAUUGACAGAUGUACCCUUGGAACACCACGAGGAGUGUGACUGUGUGUGCAAAGGGAAUACUGAAGGAUAAACAUGAUAUAAUUGUGCUGUUUUCUUUCAAAGCACAUUCAAUCAAUGGCUGAUUCUAUUAUGGGGCUUGUGCAUUAUCUCCUUCUGUAAUCUCAGUUGUUUGCUUUGGGGAUCUUCCAUCUUCAAGAUUUACAGUGAUCUCUAAAAAGAGGAGAAGCCAAACUGGGAUUAUAUGUUGUGUGACAGCUCUGUUUGGAGGCCCAGUGAAAGGAUGGGAGAAAGGCAUCAAUGAGGGAUUUAAAAUAUAUGUAUUGUUUUUGUCCCCCACAGUUUUCUUGACAAUACAUGGAUUUAUAAUGUAGGAGUAAAAAUAAAGUUAGAAGGCUCACAUCGUGGAGACUUGAUCCUGCUGGCUGUCUCAUUUCUACAGCUCCAGUACAUCUGGCCUCUGGUUGAAAACACCUGAAACCUUUCUUUCUGUGUUCAACUACUCCUAUGUACUCUAAAUCGAAGCAUUCUCUGUUGUAUAAACUUGGUUCAAAACAGACUGUCUUGGUCCGAAUUAAACUUAAUUUGUCUCAUGCUGGUAGGAAGGACUGGAUUUUUCCAUAUGCUCUAGUGAAGCUCCUGCCUUUUAGAAAGAAGACUGGACAAUAUCGUGAGCUAAGGAAGCAAACAUUGAAAAGAACAGUGCCUUUAUUCUUACUACUAUGGCUGAUGAUUUCUUGUUUGUUUGUUAUUUUUUAUCGUGUACAUUUUUAUACUCUCCUUUUGACAAUAUAACUAUUUGCUUUUCUAAACUUGUUUAAAUAUAUCUAUUUUUACCAAAGGUA